CGGCGGAGGCGGAACAGGAACUGCGGAAGAGGAGAGAGAAAAAAGGGCGCUUGUUUCAUCGUCUUUUUCCUGUUUUCCUGUUUUCCUCCAUUCCGACAUUUGUUUUAUUGUUUGGUAGUGGAUAGUGAUUCAUAAGACGAUUUUAAUUAAAAAUGGGAAAGAUCAGCAUUGUUACAGUUCUGAUGAAUUAGGGUUUCUCUUAACUCUUCACAUGUCUACCAUGUUUCCUGAAAAAUGACGAGAUGAUGAUUGCAGAAAAAUGGGGGUGAUUAUUGUUCGGAUAGCAUCGAUGAUAGGAAGAGUAUAGAGAGAGAAAGAGAUGUGGAGCUGCAUGUGAAAUUAGCAAGUUAAAAGGGUUUUGCUUUUCUCUGUCUUUGUAGGAAGUCAUGGAAGCACUUCUAAGAACUCCUCCUCUCCCUUCUCUUCCCAAACUUGAUAUCAACAACUCGAGAAGAUUAACCCUAAGGCUCAACACCAGCAACCGCGGCGAGAUCAGAGCUAUCUCCUCCAUUCAAUUCAACAAACUCUCCACUUCUACCGGUUUCAGACUUCCUAAUCUCCAAGGUGUUUCCUUGAAAUCCAGGACUUCUUUGAUUCGUUGUUCAGCGGCAGCCGAUGCCUCUGCUUUCGUUUCCGAUAACAGUGCGCCCAAGGUUCCCUCCAAAUUCUUAGGCGUGGAAAUUAGCACACUGAAAAAGGUGAUCCCCUUGGGGAUUAUGUUCUUCUGCAUUCUCUUCAAUUACACCAUCCUUCGAGACACGAAGGAUGUGCUCGUCGUUACAGCUAAGGGAAGCAGUGCCGAGAUUAUCCCGUUCUUGAAGACUUGGGUGAAUUUGCCUAUUGCUAUUGGUUUCAUGAUUGUUUACAACAAGCUGUCCAACGUUCUGUCAAAGGAAUCGCUUUUCUACGCUUGCAUGUUUCCCUUCAUUGCGUUCUUUGGGGCCUUCGCAUUUCUUCUGUAUCCGAACAUUAAUUUAAUCCAUCCGACCGGAUUGGCUGACCGGCUUUUGGAGAUUCUUGGAUCCAACUUCCUUGGCCCUAUUGCCAUCCUGCGGAUAUGGACUUUUUGCAUCUUCUAUGUCAUGUCUGAGCUUUGGGGAAGUGUCGUCGUUUCGUUGCUCUUCUGGGGUUAUGCUAAUCAGAUCACUUCUGUGGAUGAAGCAUCUCAAUUCUAUCCAUUUUUCGGGCUUGGAGCAAAUGUUGCUCUUGUUUUUUCAGGCCGAACAGUGAAAUAUUUCUCCAACCUUCGGAAGAAUUUAGGACCUGGAGUCGAUGGAUGGGCUGUAUCUCUCAAAGGGAUGAUGAGUAUUGUUGUGGCAUCGGGGCUUCUUAUAUGUGCAACCUACUGGGCAAUGAACAGGUAUAUCAAGACAGAAACAGGGCGGAAGAAGAAGAAGGAAAAAUCAAGAAUGGGGACAGUGGAGAGUAUGAAAUUCUUGUUAUCUUCAAGGUACAUAAGAGAUCUUGCAACGUUGGUGGUUGCAUAUGGGAUAAGUAUCAAUCUUGUUGAAGUCACCUGGAAAUCUAAGAUAAAAGCUCAGUUUCCUAGCCCAAAUGAGUACUCCUCUUUCAUGGGUGAUUUCUCAACAUGCACUGGAGUUGCUACAUUCACAAUGAUGCUUCUAAGUCGAUUCAUCUUCCGCAAAUUUGGAUGGGGUGUAGCGGCUGCAAUUACACCAGCAGUUUUACUUGUGACUGGAGUUGGGUUUUUCUCUCUGAUUUUAUUCAGUGAUCAGUUGGCUCCACUGUUUGUGAAACUUGGUUUGACUCCACUUCUUGCAGCAGUGUAUGUUGGAGCUGUACAAAACAUCUUUAGCAAGAGUGCUAAGUACAGCUUAUUUGAUCCUUGUAAAGAGAUGGCCUACAUUCCUUUGGAUGAAGAGACAAAGGUCAAAGGAAAAGCAGCAAUUGACGUGGUUUGCAAUCCCUUAGGGAAAUCAGGGGGAGCAUUGAUUCAACAGUUCCUUAUUUUAACCUUUGGCUCCCUUUCGAAUUCAACACCUUAUCUAGGAGGGAUAUUGCUUAUUAUUGUAUUAGCUUGGUUGGCUGCUGCUAGAUCUUUGGACCGUCAAUUCACCCCAAUGGCAAAGAAGGAUCUUAGAGACAAACUCAUUGAGGGUAAGAUUUCUGCCAUAAACUCAAGGGUUUCUGGAAAGCUUCAACCAAAGCAGGGCAUCAGAUAUCGUUUUGUUAGCACCUUGAAUACAAUGGGAUUCAUUGAGGGUAAAUAUGUUCCCUUGGUUGAAGACAUCUCUUCUAGUGGAGGGCUUCAUCAUCUCACAGUGAGAAAGCUUGACAGAGAAAAUCAAGCUGAGGAACUAGUUGGAGCAGCUGUAAAGCCAGCACCUGUUAGUGGAGAGGAGGGUGAUAAUCCUGAAGGAAAUGGCCAUGUGCCACCAAAUGAGAAUGGAACUUCCAAAAAAGCUCUAUGAGCUACUUAUUUUAGGGCAAGUUGGUUUUGCAUUACAGAUAAAAAAAGUUGGUUUUGUAUUCAACAAACGCACAGAAAUUAUCAGGGGAAGAACCAUAACACUCAUUGGUUACUGAAGAAAUGUUUGCCUGAUGAUCAGUAAGAACUGAAUAGAAGUGAUGAUCACGUAACAUUGGUGAUCACUGUGAUUAUGUUGAUGCUGAAGAAGGCAAUGAUGAUGAUGAAAAUGGAAAAUCACAGCACCUGUAGUCCAGACAGAAAAUAAAUGCCGCAUAUGCUGAGGUAUUAAUGAAAUAUCUUAUGUAUGUUGGCACUCUGUUGCUAGCAGAAAUUGGUUUGUUUCUGCUAGCUGUUUGUAGCUAUGCCCAUGUAGUUGUCCCACUUUUUUGGCAUUUCAUUAUCUUAUUAAAUGUUACUUGCUUGUCUUGUUUUCCAUUA